CCCAGAAUGCACCGCGCAUUCUAGUGACAUCCAUGCGACGAUGAGGUGAAGCGGUUGUUUUCGUUUCCAUUAGCUACCUGUUUAUUGAGGUAUAACGGCAGGUACAUCGCUAGUUACGCGGUGUCCCCGAUCUGUAGGGAACCCGUUACCAUCUGGAAUUACUUCCUGACUGAGACUUUCAUCCCUGCCUCUUUUUUCGGUGAGUUUACCGCCAUGUUAUCAUCAGUUCCCACUAGGCUAAUUGCGCGAAGGUCGCGCAGCCUGUCACCAUGCAGCCGUGUGCUCCAGACCAGCGCAGGCGGUGCCGCAUGUCAGGGCAUCCGAGAGACAACUACGGAGACUAACCGCAACCCCAUCGUGUCCACCUCCCGGGUCUCCAGGAGGGGUAUUUUGUCUGAUGAAAGUGCUGGUUGUAGCACCAAUCUGAAUCCGUCGAUGCAGUUCCACAACCUCGCCCCUAGAUGGCUGUCCAACCUGGAGAACCGCCGCAGCUCCUGGGCGGCUCUGGCCAGCAGAGGGCGCGGCAAUAACCAGUACUGGGAGGAGAGCGGGCAGAAAGGUGGAGGUGAGGGCAGGGGAACAGGUGGAGGAGCCAACCGGACAGGAGUGGCCUCUGUCGGUGUUCUCUCUGCUGCAGCUGUUGCCUUCUGCCUGAAGAAGGAUUCAGAUAACAAAGGCGAUACACUUCUGGAGGCAGCAAGGACCAAUAAUUCUGAAGAUGUGGCAAGGCUAUUGAAAGAGGGGGUUGACCCAAAUCACCGGCACCGUCUUGGUUGGACUCCUCUCAUGGUGGCUGCAAUAAACCGACAGCACAGUGUGGUGAAGGUUCUGCUAGAAGCCGGUGCCGACCCGAACACUGGAGAUCACUUCAACAACGUUUACGACACCUCACGGGAGAAAGGCAUCCACUCACUGGAAGUCCUUGUGUCCAGAGAGGAUGAAUUCAGCAGCAGGCUCAGCAGCAGGGCUGGCUUCCGUGGUUGCACAGCGCUUCACUACGCCACACUGGCUGACGACACACUCGCUGUCCGCAUGCUGCUGGAGGCUGGUGCAAACCCCCUGCAAUCCAACGGUUUGGGACACACGGCGCGGGCCUACGCUAAGGAGGGAGACGUGAGUGCAGUGCUGCAGGAGUGGGAGGGAAAGUUCCAGGAGGCACAGGCUCGGCGGGAGGCAGAGGAGAGGAGAAGGUUCCCCCUGGAGAGGAGGCUGAAGGAGUAUAUCAUCGGACAGGAGGGGGCCAUCAAUACUGUGGCCUCAGCCAUUAGGAGGAAGGAGAAUGGUUGGUACGAUGAAGAGCAUCCUCUUGUGUUCCUCUUCCUCGGCUCAUCAGGAAUCGGAAAGACAGAGUUGGCCAAACAGGUGGCUCGCUACAUGCACAAAGACGUCAAAAAGGGUUUUAUUCGUAUGGACAUGUCGGAGUUCCAGGAAAAACACGAGGUGGCAAAAUUUAUCGGUUCUCCUCCGGGGUACGUGGGACAUGAGGAAGGGGGUCAGCUGACCAAACUGUUGAAGGCGUGUCCCAACGCUGUAGUCCUGUUUGAUGAAGUAGACAAGGCCCACCCGGAUGUUCUUACCAUCAUGCUGCAGCUCUUUGAUGAGGGUCGCCUCACAGAUGGUAAGGGGAAGACCAUUGAGUGUAAAGACGCCAUCUUCAUCAUGACUUCUAAUGUUGCAAGCGACGAAAUCGCCGAGCAUGCUCUGCAGCUUCGCCAGGAGGCCGAGCAGGUCAGCCGCAGAAAGCUGGCCGACACCCUGCAGGACGUACAGAAAAGUGAUGACAUCAAAAUCUCUCGGCAGUUUAAAGAAUCUGUGAUUCGACCAAUCCUGAAGGCUCAGUUCCGGAGGGACGAGUUUCUCGGGCGGAUAAAUGAGAUCGUGUACUUCUUGCCGUUCUGUCACUCAGAGCUGCUGCAGCUGGUCGGCAAAGAGCUCAGCUUCUGGGCUAAAAAGGCUAAGCAGCGCCAUGACAUCACUCUUCAGUGGGAUCGCCCAGUUUUGGACCUGUUGGCGGGCGGGUAUAACAUGCACUACGGAGCACGAUCCAUCAAACAUGAGGUCGAGCGACGAGUCGUCAACCAGUUAGCUGCAGCGUACGAGCAGGAGCUUCUACCCAAAGGCUGCACCCUGCGUCUGUCUGUCCAGUCAGAGGAUGAAGAGGAGCGGAGUGCGCCCAGUCUGCGCCUCGAGGUACUAGGAGAGGAUAGCUCUUCGAGAUUGCUGGACAUUCGCCCACCGCUCAGUCCUGAACACUAACACACACACACAAGAACACAGGAAGUACACCGAUAUUUAUGCCCAUAUGAACAACCACACCAUACCACCACCAUCAUCAUCAUCAUCAUCAUCAUCAUCAUCCAGUGUCAGGAGGAUGGAUAGUUUUUGGUUCUUAUUACCAAUAAAAGUACCUCUGAUAACACAUCACUGCCUCUUUGUUUCAGUUAACUCAACAAGUUACAACAGCCAACUUUGCAGCACACUUUCUGCCAACACGGUGCUGUAUUCAGUCAAUUUAGUUCACCUACAGCUGGACCUUUUACGUUUAUGCAUCAAUGGAUGUUCAUAUCAGUUGGGACUUGAUAUCAGGAGGAGGAACAUGUCACGAGAGAUUGUCAGUGUAGCAUCGAGGCCUCGACAACAUCAACAUUAAACAUGUUUUCAUCAGUGUGUUGAGUCAUCAUAUCAGCUGAAAACAAAUAUUUGCUACUGCAUGUUUGUAGUGGUUGAGCUUAGCUGUGACAUAUGUAUCGUCCACUGUAUUGUGUAGAGCACUAAAAGAA